AUGUCGGCCUUAGAGCGUAUAGGCACACGGUACUUCUAUGUCGUAAAAAACGUGAAACUGAAUUCGACCAUGGCCAACAGCUUCUGUCGUGAUAUGGGCGGAUAUCUGGCCGCUUUCCAGGAUCAAGUCGAAUUAGAUGCCAUCAAGGACAAACUAAAAGAUGAAUACUUCUGGCUGGGAAUCAACGAUCGGGACAACGAGGGCGAGUUCCUUUCCGUGGUCUCCGGCAAGCCGGCUAAGUAUCUCAACUGGCAAAGGGCACAACUCGACGAUGAUGAAAACAACGAGGAUUGCGUUCAUAUUUAUGGCUCCAAAAGGGUGCCGCAAAAUAUGAACGAUCUAAACUGUGCUGAACAACUACACUUCAUUUGUCAGUUUGAUAAUGAAAUUUGA